UUCUCUGUGUCUCUGUAUCACUGUAUUAUAUUCUAUUCACUCCAAAAUUCCACGUUAUUCAUUAAUUCCUAUAAUAUUCAAGUUAUUGUUUAUUCAUAUUCGAAUACAGUAUUUUUCUUGCUGAGCUUGUUAAAUCAAGUUUGUGGGGUAUUCAUAGCGGAGAAAUUUAAAAUGAGUGACCUAACCGAAGCAGCGUUGAAAGAAAGUGGGUCAGCGGUAGUCUGUGAAACCCUCACCGCAAAUGCGCAGCUCCCUUCUCCCAUUCAAGAACCUAUGGAUGUAAAGGCAGAUAAAUCUAGCAGUGUAUUGGCUUACGGCAAUGUAAAAACUGUAGAAUUUGGAGUACAAACAGACCUUACUUUCCCUUUUCAUGUCCCGGAUGAAGUUCAAAAUGUAUUAAAUGCAUAUACUGUAACAGCAGAGGAGACCAUUGAGGACACAUCAUUUAGCGAGACAAUGUUAAAUGAUGCAAGUAGGUCUGAAUAUUUACAGCCUAACCAACUCUUCAUCUAUGACUUAUCUUCGCUACCAUUGGCUGCUGAGGACCUAGAAAUAACCAUUGAGGACACAUCAUUUAGCGAGACAAUGUUAAAUGAUGCAAGUAGGUCUGAAUAUUUACAACCGAACCAACUCUUCAUCUAUGACUUAUCUUCGCUACCAUUGGCUGCUGAGGAGCAAGAAAUAACCAUUGAGGACACAUCAUUUAGCGAGACAAUGUUAAAUGAUGCAAGUAGGUCUGAAUAUUUACAGCCGUACCUAAUCUACAACCCACCUUCACCACCAUCGGCUGAUGAGGACCUGGAAAUAUUGUAUCAGCCUUUAUCUAGCAGUGAUGAAUUGGAUCCUGCGGUAUUCCAAAGAGAUGUUCAGGAAUAUAGAAUUCUAUCACCUCCAUUAUCCGACGAUGAAAGUCAAUUGAUAUCGCCUGAAGACUUGGGGGUUAUGGAUAUCUUCAUGGAUAAAGGAGAAACGGAGGAUUAAAAAAAUAAUUAUAAAUAAAUAAAUAAAUAAUAUAAAUAAAUAAAUAAUAUAAAUAAAUAAAU